CGUUACGCCCCAUCCAAAGGCGGCCUUAUAGCGCUAAAAACUAUCCUCACAUCUUGACUCAUACAAAUAACAAAAUACCAAAAGAACAGAUUAACUUAACACAAAGGCCCCACAACACAAAUGAGAGGCAGCAGGACAGCAGUUACCCACCAAAUGCCUCUGCAAACUGCAGGCAGCUCUAAGCCUUAAAAUUCUCAGCACCAGGUGAGUUUGGUUGUAACUUACUGACUUCACCUGGGCAGUUCGGUAGACAAAAUGGGAAAAACACAUGCAAACCUACCGCCGUAACAAUAUGUCUAUGAGUUAAGUAAUUUAAUGGGCUCUGAAGCCUGCAUUAUGUGGCGGAUAUCUCCUUGGAUCACUUCAUAUAGAGCUCAAUUAGUCUGAUCUGACAGGUAACUGAUACUCAGACUCACUGGCGCCCUAGACGUGAGAAAACGCACAGCCCAGCCUCUAUUAACUGCAAUUACAACCACCAUCUAGUUUCUAUCGUUCCGCUGACAUCUCUUUGCAUAUGCAAAUAAGGACGAUCGUCUCCCCUAUAAAGCAACCACAGGCCAAGGAUCGCAAACACUGAGACCUGGGAGACAACAUGGCAAACUUCUCUGUGGAGUGGCUGUCCAGAAGCUACUACGAGGAGGUUGCACUUGGGACCAAAGCAACUGAGCCUCACUCCAAAGUCCACGGAGCAAAUAAGGACUUUACAGAGGACACUUCUCUAACACCGACAAACAGUAAGUUUGCUGAUCAUCUGUUUAUUUUACCUGAUGCCCACAAUUCACUGCGCAUUUAAUGAUUCUGACUUCAUUCAUUAAAACUUUGGUCGUCCUUGCAGAUAGUUGCUGUGACACGUCUGGCUCAGAGAGCGAGGACAGCGAGGGAGAGGCCUCUCAACGCCGCAGGAUAAGGACUAAGUUCACCAUCGAGCAGAUCAGCGAACUGGAGAAAAUCUUCAGCAAGCACAAAUACUUGGGUGCUGAGCAGAGGAGAAAGACAGCAAAAAGACUGAGACUGUCAGAAACUCAGGUGAGUUUUCAUCACACAGACCGGUAGAGUUGUGUUCAUAACAGCAUAAAUGUUCACUUAGAAUGAAGUUCAAUUGUUAAAACACUUUCUUGUGCCUCUUAGGUAAAAACCUGGUUCCAAAACCGGAGAAUGAAGCUGAAGCGGGAGGUCCAAGAUCUCCAACCGAAGUUCCUCCCUCUCCCGGCCUCCGUGCUGCCUCCUCUGUUGUUUCAGCACCACGGGCCGAGUGGACAGCUCUCCACCGGCAGUGGCUUCUACCCGCAGCCGCUACACAGAGCGAGAUACCCGGCUGCUCUGCACCAGUUCAGCGGCCCCCCGGUCAUCAUGCCCCAACAUUUUUAUUGA